GGGUGUUGUACUUGAGAAUUUCUUGACCCACUCGUGCUAGCUAUGGAGUGGAGGACCCUGAAUUUGCUAUCACACAACUAGCUCAGACUACAAUGAGAUCAGAGCUUGGCAAAAUCUCAUUAGAUUAUGUUUUCCGCGAAAGAGAAAACCUUAACAUGAAUAUAGUUGAAGUAAUUAACAAGGCCUCUGAGGCUUGGGGUAUUACAUGUCUUCGUUAUGAGAUACGUGACAUUAAGCUUCCUCCUCGUGUGCAAGAGGCCAUGCAGAUGCAAGUUGAAGCCGAGAGGAAGAAAAGAGCAGCUAUAUUGGAUUCAGAGGGUGUACGAACAGCUGAGAUCAACAUAGCUGAAGGUAAAAGACAAGCUCGCAUUUUGGCAUCAGAAGCUGAAAAAAUUGAACAAAUCAAUAGUGCUAAAGGCCAGGGAGAAGGAUUGAGGAUAUUGUGUGAAUCACUUCAGCAUAAGCAAGGUAAGUUACAUGAGUACUGUGUAUUUGAAUGUUAUUCUAUGAAAUUGGUAAUAGUACUUGUAUUUGAUCAUAUCGUCCUGCUACAUACUAUAGUAGAUUCACAUCAACCAGGCAUGUGAUGUCUAGGCCAGUCC